AUGCGUCUGACUUCUGUCGCUUCGGGCAUUGCCCUCCUUUCCAUUCAGGCGGCUGCCCAUCCUGGCCACGAUCUUUCUGAGGAGAUUGCGGAGCGCCGCGCCUUUCUCGGAAACAUUGAGCGAGCUUCCCUCGCUCACUGCGCCGCCAAGCUUCGUGCUCGCGGUGUUGAGCAGCGCAACAUUGAACGUCGCGCUGCCCUUCUCAAGGAUGCCCGUGAGAAGCUCGCUCUGAAGAAGAAGCGCGAUGUCGAUACCGUCUUGGCUACCAGUCACAACAAGACCGAGCUUGGCUACACCAUCAACACGGAUGCGGAUACUCUGUUCAGCGGCCAAAACUCCUGUGUUCUCACUCCUGAGGUGACGCAGGGUCCUUACUACGUUGGUGGUGAGUAUGUUCGUCGCAACAUCAUUGAAGAGCAGGAGGGAGUCAACAUCGUCCUCGAUUACCAGGUCAUUGAUGUCGACACCUGCGAGCCCGUCCCCAAUGUGUACCUCGAAAUGUGGCACUGCAACUCCACCGGCGUGUACUCCGGCGUGAUUGCCAACGGCAACGGCGACUCGUCUGACGAGAGCAACAUCGACAACACCUGGCUUCGCGGGAUCCAGGAGACCGACAGCGACGGCGUCGCCCAGUUCGAGUCUCUCUUCCCCGGUCACUACACUGGUCGCGCCACCCAUAUUCACUUGAUGGCGCACACCAACGCCACUCUCCUCGCCAACCAGACUCUCGGCAACGACGUCUACGCCAGCCACGUCGGCCAGGCCUUCUUCGACCAAGAUCUCAUUGACGCUGUCGACAAGAUCUCUCCCUACUCGGAGAACACCCAAGACAUGACUCUGAACACCGAAGACAGCAUUCUCUCUGAAGAGGCUGAUACCGAGGGCGUUGACCCUCUGAUGGAGUACACACUGCUCGGCGACUCGGCCGAGGAUGGCCUCUUCGCCUGGCUCGCCUUUGGCAUCAACACCACCGAGUCAUCCAAGGUCACCCCUGCCGUCUUCCUCUACGAGGAGGGUGGUGUCGCCAAUUCGGCUUCCGGCGGCGGCGGCGGCUCCGGCGGCCCCCCCGACGGCAGCCCCCCCUCCGGCGGCCCCGGCGGCAACGGCACCGCCCCCGACGACCUGACCUCCGGCGUAGCCUCCGACGCCUCCGCCACCGCCACCAGCUCCUCGACGGCGCUGGCCAGCGAGACCCCCAGCGGCGCCUCGUCCACCCGCCGUGCCAAGUGUAAGCGCAGCCGUCCCACCUCUCGUGCUUGA